AUGUCGGCUGAGCACAAACUUAUGAUUAAGUUGAUGAGAGGUUACGAGAAAUCAAUACGACCUGUGAUGAACUCAUCAGAGGCUGUGGAUAUCAAACUCGGACUUGCGCUUACCCAGAUUCUAGAUUUAGAUGAGAAAAAUCAAGUAUUGACGACUAAUGUCUGGAUGGAAGUGGAGUGGUACGACCAGAAACUCAAAUGGUCAUCACAUGACUAUGCAGGGAUGAAAAGCAUCCGGUUGCCAUGUGACAGGCUAUGGCUCCCGGAUGUUGUUUUGUAUAACAGUGUUGACGAUUAUACAUCCGGAUACAUGCCUAGCCUAGCAAUGGUUUUCGAUUCAAGUCGAGUUUUCUGGGGACCAGUUGUGAGGUUCAGAAGUUCGUGUAAAAUAGAUAUAACAUAUUUUCCAUUCGAUGAUCAAAUGUGUAAAUUAAAACUAGGAUCUUGGGCGUAUCACGGUCUACAGGUAAAUGUUUUUAACAGAUCUGACACCAUAGACGUAUCUAACCUAGUAGAUAACGGCGAAUGGGAACUUAUACACGUACGAGUUGAGCGUAACGUCAUAUAUUAUAAUUGCUGUGAGGAGCCUUUUCCUGAUGUAACAUUUUACGUCCAUCUUCGACGAAGAGUAAAAUAUUACUUCAUGAAUAUCAUCAUUCCAUGUAUUAUUCUCUCAUUUCUGUGUAUCUCGGGAUUUUUACUACCUCCAGAGAGUGGAGAGAAGAUAACCCUGGGUCUGUCUGUGUUACUUACUAUAACUGUUUUUAUGCUAAUGGUCGCAGAUAAAAUGCCUUCUACGUCAGAAUCUAUAUCAGUUAUCAGCAUUUAUCUAAUGGUAGUUUUAUCCAUGAGUUGUAUGUCUGUAUUGUCGUCAGUGUGGAUCUUAUGUAUACAUCACCAACGAGGAAAACCGAAGAGAGUUCCAGCAUGGUUAAAAUGUCUAGUGUUCCGAUUUUUAGCUAAACUUUUUUGCAUACGUAUUUCAAAAUGCAGUCCGAAAGCUAAAUCAAAAAUUAUCAAUGUGUCUUCAAAAUCUCGGGUUUCUAUGGAAGAGACCGAUAAUGUCCGAAAGAAUCAUUUACAUUUCGAACUGAUGGAAUUAUCAAACAACGUUGAAUCACAUCAGACGGAAAAUACUCGUUUCCGAAACAGUAUGAUCGAUAGGGACGACAACUCUAAUCAUCGUACUGAACGAAACGAAAGCAUUAAGCGUUUAAUUGACCGAGAUGAGUGGUGUAAACGUUUAAUAGAUAUUUUAGAAAUAAAACAGUCUGAAGAUAACGACGACGAGGAAUGCUAUCGUGAAUGGAGGGAUGUUGCAUUUGUUUUGGAUAGAUUAUUUUUCAUUCUGUUUUUGAUAUUGACGUCUUUAUCAACAUUGUGUAUUCUUGCAAUGAAUCCUGGCGAUCAUUUUAUAUUUUAAAAUCAUGCAAUGUGUUCUUCAACAGAUAUCUCUACACACAAAUAUAG